CAACGUUCUAAUCAUUCAUUAGGAACCUGACUCAAGCGGCUAACCAACGUAUCAGCAAUGGAGAACAUUUUUCGCCAAAAUGAACCAACAAAAUGAAGAUGAAGUCACACUGUCCUGGGGAAUCGGUUCUUUGGAUGCGUAUCAAGAGUCACCGGUGUUUUCAAACUCUUCCGAGUUAAAUGGCACAGGACUCGAGCCUCUACUCCUGUCCCGUGCCGUCCCGCUCGGCUUGGCAUUGGGGACUUUCAUCAUCUUCGCGGUGGCUGGAAACAUCCUGGUGAUACUGUCAGUUGUGUGCAAUAGGCACCUGCGAACUCCAACUAAUUAUUUCAUCGUAAAUCUCGCUAUUGCCGACCUGCUCCUGGGCACAACCGUGUUACCCGUAUCAGCCACCUUGGAAUUAUUGGGUUACUGGGUGUUCGGGAGGAUUUUCUGUGAUGUUUGGGCCGCUGUGGAUGUGUUAUGUUGCACAGCAUCCAUCAUGAGUCUGUGCGUAAUAUCCAUUGACCGUUACAUCGGAGUGAGCCAUCCGUUGCAAUACCCCAACAUCGUGACGGGACCCAGAGCUUUGCUGGCCAUGCUGGGAGUUUGGGUCCUGUCUUUGGUCAUCUCUAUCGGACCCCUGCUAGGAUGGAAGGAGCCUCCGUCACCGGACCACACGGUGUGCGCAAUAACAGAGGAACCCUUUUACGCGCUCUUCUCAUCGCUCGGCUCAUUUUAUAUCCCCUUAAUUGUUAUUCUAGUCAUGUACUGCCGUGUUUACGUAGUGGCUAAACGGACGACGAAGAAUCUAGAAGCUGGUGUGAAGACGGAAACGAUGAAUUCGGGUGAAAUAACGCUGAGGAUUCACAGGGGUUCGCAGGUGCACGAGGACACCAGCACUGCAGCCAGAAGUCGCGCUCAUCAGGCGAGGAAUUCUCUCACGGUCAAACUCCUGAAGUUUUCCAGGGAAAAGAAAGCAGCUAAGACCUUGGGGGUUGUGGUUGGAAUGUUUACGCUGUGCUGGUUGCCAUUCUUCCUCACUUUACCACUUGUCGCAUUCAACGCCAGCCUGAGGCCACCUGAAACUGUCUUCAAAAUCAUCUUCUGGCUUGGUUACUUCAACAGCUGCCUAAAUCCCAUCAUCUAUCCCUGCUACAGCCGGGAGUUCAAGCUAGCUUUCAUCCGCAUACUGAAAUGCAGAUGUCACCGCAGGAGACGGCCAGGUUGGAGAGCGUACAACUAUCAGGGCUCACACAUCAACUCCUUCUACUCACGGCAGGACUCAAAGGACUCUGUGAACUAUGGUAGUUACCUAAAUGGGAGCCAGAGAACCCUGUCCUCUGCCAGCCACAGCCCAAGUUAUCAUACCAAAGGCCUAUCACAUUUCCAGGAGGAUGGACCCAGACAUGCCCGGAGCAGGACACCAUCUGUGUUAUCUGAAAGUACUUUGGAUCAUCAUCUUGAGCGUGUGGAGGAAGAUCCAACCCAGUCUGUAGGCCAACCAGAUCAAACUGGUAUCAGAAACUGGCCUCAAGACUAGUUGAAA